UGCUUUUCUCGAUCACCUACGAUACCAUCUUGUUCAUACUUUGUCUGUCCAUACUCACUGAUACUCACCGACCGUCCUCUCUUUCUGUAUCUAGUGGCCGAUCCGGGUGCUCCAUACUCCAUUAACAUCUUUUUCUCGCCAUUUUAUUCAUUUAUUUAUCCUACUCACGAUGGCUGGCUACUUCUCGAACCACUCGCAAUUCCAGACCCGUUUUGCAAAUGUAGCAUCUAGCACUAGCACUACCACAACUACAACUACUACACCACCCGCCAUCCCAGCAGAGACACGUCCACGACCUCCUACAAGCAGGCAUUUCUCCACUUCCGUCGUACACCCGCCACACGAGGAGCGCGAGCGGGGCGUCGACAUUCCCGCCCCGCUGGCCGUUCACCCUCUCCGGAAUACGUGGGUCUUUUGGUUCCGACAACAGCGCGCUCCGGGAAAUAAAAUCACUAAUUAUGAAGAAGGCAUCAAAAAAAUUGCUUCUUUCUCCAGUGUCGAAUCUUUUUGGGGACUUCAAACUCACCUUUCACCUCCCUCUGCACUCUUGCCUACUACGGAUUACCUCCUGUUCCAUGCGGGUGUUCGUAGGCCUGUGUGGGAAGACCCCCUGAAUCGUGCUGGUGGAAAGUGGAUUGUGCGAUUGCGUAAGGGAGUAGCGGAUAGGGUGUGGGAGGACCUCGUUAUGGGUGUCGUGGGUGACAUGUUUGAUGAAUGUGGCACACAGGGGGAAGGGGAGGAAGGAGGCUGCCCAGAAAUUUGUGGUUGCACCAUCAGCGUGCGCCAGAGUGAGGAUAUCGUGAGCUUGUGGAAUCGCGUCGAUGGUGAUGCCAAGGUUCGAGAAAAGAUUCGGGAUACCUUGCGCACUGUACUCAACCUUCCUCCAUCGACCAUCAUGGAGUAUAAAUCUAAUAACGACUCCAUGCAAGACAAAUCGUCAUUCCGCAAUUCCGCGAUUGAGAGGAUGCCCGUUAUCGCUGACGCAUCGUGACAGCCUUUUUCGUGACAUAGCACGAAUCCUGAUCAUUUUAUCCUGUGUUUUUGGUGUACAUGCAACAUCACACGAACGUAAUACCUUCUUGGUAUCCUGAUUUUUUUACCAGCAUACAAGGAAAUAAUCGAAUAUGAAACGAAUCUUGAAUUGUAGUAGCAGACAGUUACGGGCUUGUCUGUGGUACCCCAACACAGAUAAUUCAUUGCUCUCAAGCCAAUCUGAUAUUACUGCCCAUACA